AUGAGGGAAUCAGAUCCAGUCAGACUUUAGAUGAGUGAACAUCUGCAGAGUGGAAGCUUCACGCCUCAGCAUCAUCAACAGAUUACAGGACAUUUUUUCCGUGAUAUGCAGCUGUAGAGAUAAUUAAGAGAUAAUGAAUGGGGAAAUUGGAACCUCGAGCUUCUCAGUCAGUGAUGUGUUAAACACUGGAGUCAAAGAUACCGCAAUGAACUUAAAACAAGAUGAGAAGAUUCUUGCUGCCACAGUUCACUUGGAGCACCUCAAUAAAGACGACACGCUAAAAUUACUCAAGUUCCUUCAUCCCUAUGACGAGAACCUUAAAAUUAAGACCAACAGCAGUGCAAAUGCUGGCGUGAGUUUUGGUGAUUUAUUUGUGAAGGGUAAAGCUCCAAACCUUAAAGCCCCAUCAGCUGACAUCCAUGGGGUGAAUGGGAAUUUAAAUCUCCCACAUGUCAAAGGUGACCUCACAGCUCCUUCGGUGAAUGGAGAACUCCCACAGAUGAACCUGAAGGGUCCCACACUGGAGCCAACAGUCGGGGAUGGUGGCAAGUUCACGAUGCCAACCACUGGCAUGACAAUGCCAAAAGUUAGAGGUGCAAAUCUGGACGGCAGCAUCUCUUCUCCAACCGUGAACUCUCCACAGGUUACUGCAGAGCUCAAAAAGCCAGAACUGUGCUCUAAAGCAACCAAGUUCCAAAUGCCAAACUUUUACAGCAGGUCCCCUGAUUUGGACCUCAGUGCACCUGAUGUAGAUGUGAAUUUGCCAAAUGCUGAACUGAAAGGCCCAAAUCUUAAUGCAGACCUUCCAGAUGGUGACAUUGAUGCACCCUCUGGCAAAAUAAAAUGGCCCAAAGCAAACUGGGGUCUCUCAAAGCAUAAGGUAAAGACACCAGAAGCUGACCUUUCUGUACCAAACCUCAAAGCUGACAUGAAGACCCCAGGUGUGGAUGUGAAUGUACCUGAUGCUGAGCUGACCAGCCCUGAAAUUGGUAUUGAUACUCCAAAUCUUAACAUUGACAGUCCAUCUGUGAAAACUCAAUGGCCCAAAUUCAAGAAAUCCAAAAACACAUUGAAAGGACAGUUGGGGGACAUUAAUGCAGAUGUGAAUACUCCAGAGCUCAGUCUGUCAGCCCCGAAAGUGAAUGCAGGCAUCAAUGCACCAAAUAUUGAUACUGAUGUCCCAGAUGUUGACCUUAAUGCUCCAAAAGUAAAUAUUAAUGCCCCAACUGGAAAAUUCAAGUUCCCAACUCUCAAACUACCAAGGUUAAAUUUAAAUAAACCAAAGUUGGAGGAGCCCAAUCUUGAUGCAAACAUAAAGACACCAGAUAUGGAUGUAGACAUGAACCUGCCAAAAGCUAAACUUGAAGGGCCAACCAUAGAUGCCAAAGCACCGGAUCUCAAACUAUCUGCACCAAAAGUAGAAGGUGAUAUUGGUACCCCAGACCUAGGCAUCAAAACACCAGAUGUAGACUUGAAAACUCCCAAAAUUGAUGCUGAAGCACCAUCCGCUAAAUUAAAGCUCCCCAAACUGCCCAAACUUACUGCCCCUGAUGCAAAAAUCAAAGGACCAGAAGUAGAUACUAAUAUUAAUGUCCCAGAUGUUGAUGUCAGUGGAAAUGUUAACAUGAAAACUCCCACAGUUGAUGCCCCAUCUGCAAAACUGAAGAAGCCACAUAUUAAGAUGCCUAAAUUUAGUCUCACUGGCCCAAGAGUAAAAGCACCAAAUGUUGAUGCAAAUGUGCAAACACCAGAUGUAGAUGUGAACCUACCAUCAGGUGAGCUCAAAGGGCCUAAUCUGGAUCUACAAGCACCCAAAAUUGAUGGUUCUCUAGCUGUUCCAGAUGUAGAUUUGCCCAAAGUUGAGCUGAAGAACCCAAAUCUUAACCUUCAUACAAAAUCUCCAGAUCUCAACCUCUCUGCUCCAGAUGUAGAUCUGAAUCUACCAGAAGGAGAACUCAGUGGCCCUAAAGUGGAUCUAAAUGCCCCCAAAGUUGAUGCACCAGCUGCAAAAUUAAAGGUGCCACACUUCAAGAUGCCUACAUUUAACCUCUCUGGACCAAAGGUCAAAAGUCCAAGUCUUGAUGUUGAUGCAGACUUACAGACACCAAACAUAGACAUGAAUGUACCUAAAGCAGAUCUCAAAGGACCUGAUCUUAAUCUAAGUGCACCAAAUGUUGAUAUUUCUAGCCCAGAUAUAGACCUGAGCUUGCCAAAGGGAAGCCUUGAAGGCCCUGAUGUUGAUCUGAAGGGUCCGGAUGCCAACAUUGAUGCACCUUCUGGAAAAUUUAAGAUGCCAAAUCUCAAGAUGCCCAAAUUGAACCUCUCUGGACCAAAGGUCAAAGGACCAAAUGUUGACGCAGAACUAAAUGCACCAAACAUAGACAUGAAUGUACCUAAAGCAGAUCUCAAAGGACCUGAUCUUAAUCUAGGUGCACCAAAUGCUGAUAUUUCUAGACCAGAUAUAGACCUGAGCUUGCCAAAGGGAAGCCUUCAAGGCCCUGAUGUUGAUCUGAAGGGUCCGGAUGCCAACAUUGAUGCACCUUCUGGAAAAUUUAAGAUGCCAAAUCUCAAGAUGCCCAAAUUGAAUCUCUCUGGACCAAAGGUCAAAGGACCAAAUGUUGAUGCAGAACUAAAUGCACCAAACAUAGACAUGGAUGUACCUAAAGCAGAUCUCAAAGGACCUGAUCUUAAUCUGAGUGCACCAAACAUUGAUAUUUCUAGGUCAGAUGCAGACCUGAGCUUGCCAAAGGGAAGUCUUCAUGGCCCUGAUGUUGAUUUGAAGGGUCCGGAUGCCAACAUUGAUGCACCUUCUGGAAAAUUUAAGAUGCCAAAUCUCAAGAUGCCCAAAUUGAACCUCUCUGGACCAAAGGUCAAAGGACCAAAUGUUAAUGCAGAACUAAAUGCACCAAACAUAGACAUGGAUGUACCUAAAGCAGAUCUCAAAGGACCUGAUCUUAAUCUGAGUGCACCAAACAUUGAUAUUUCUAGGUCAGAUGCAGACCUGAGCUUGCCAAAGGGAAGUCUUCAAGGCCCUGAUGUUGAUUUGAAGGGUCCGGAUGCCAACAUUGAUGCACCUUCUGGAAAAUUUAAGUUUCCCAAAUUGAACCUCUCUGGACCAAAGGUUAAUGAACCUAACCUGAAUGCCAAUGCAGAUCUGGAUGUUUCUCUUCCUAAGAUUCAUGGAGAACUGAACACACCAGAUGCUGACCUAAAUCUACCAAAGGCUGAACUCCGUGCACCUGAUGUUGAUGUGAAAUUACCCAAAGCUGAUGUUAAGGUUCCUGAUUUGGAUGUUAAGACUCCAGAAACAGAGGCCCCAUCUGGAAAGUUCAAAUUCUUCACUUUCAAAAAAUCAAAAACUGGUGCAUCUGCUCCUAAAGUAAACACACCAGAAGUUGAUGUCAAUGCAUCAGUCAAAAAUCCAGACCUCAGGCUGUCAUCCCCCAAAAUUGAUGCAGAUAUUAAAGCUCCAGAUGCCAAAGUGAGCUUGCCUACAGAUAACCUUGAAGGUCCCAAUGUUGAUAUUGAUGCCCCUAAAGGAAAGCUCAAAUUUCCAACACUGAAAAGAUUGAAUUUUUCUGGCCCAAAAUUAAAAUCCCCUGAUUUUGACGAACCUGAUGUGAGCGUGUCGGCCCCCAAAGUUGAGAGCCCUAAUGUUGAUUUGAGUUUACCCAAAGCAACGGUUGAUGUUGAAUCUCCAGAUGCUGAUGGACCUAAGUUUAAAUUUAAAUGGCCGUUCAAACGGUCAAAUCAUGGAUCCAUUGGAGGAACAGUAGAUACCGUUGAUACAAACAUUGAUGGCAGUGAGAUCAGUGCUAAUGCAGAUGUGAAACUUCCAGAAAAGGUGCCUAUGUUCAAGACACACACACUUCCCAGCAGCAAGUUUGAUAAUCUCCUGCAAGAAGCUACUGGAGUUGUUAACCUGAACACGAACCCCAAUAAAACAGAAUCACAGUUUCAGACCGUCUCAGCUUCCACUCUCCCCAGGAUCAGAGCUGGGUGGAAAUCAUCCUCAGGAACUCUUGAUUCCAAUGGACAUACACAAUCAGUUGAUGUCAAAGAAAGGCUACGAUUGUUUGCAUCACGUUCCAUAAGCGAUCUCACAGCACCUGAGCUCUCAGACAGUCCUACAAACAUGAAACGAGGAACAUUUAAAGGAACACAUCCUGACGCAGACAAGAACUAUCCAGUCAUGAACGCAACGAGUGAAGAAGAAAAACUUUCUCUGAGUCUUAACAACAUGCUCGGUUUGAACACCGAUUCGGAUGCAGACAAUUAGCUUCAAGUCUUCAAGCUUUAACCAUCUAAAAUUAUAAUUUAAAAUUUUUAAAUCUAAAAUUUGUACUUUAUUACAUUUCUUUUGUUUACAUUACUAUUAGGGCUGUCUUUUUUCUAAACCUCAAUACAAGAAAUAAAGACUUUUUACAUAA